UGCUUCCCCUCCGCCUCCCGAUCUCCUCCUCCUGCUGGGGAGGGUGUGCGAGGCAGACAACACUAGGAGGAGCGAGCGGGCGCUGCCGGAGCCCGCAGCCCUGGCGCCCGCCGCCGCCCGGGGCCCCGCAAUAUGCCGCCGCGGCCCUCUGGCUCUCGGCCAUGGCGAGGCUCAGCCGGCGCGUCCCUUGCACCCUGCUCCUUGGCCUGGCCGCGGUGCUGCUGAAAGCGCGGCUGGUCCCCGCGGCCGCCAGAGCCGAGCUCAGCCGCUCCGAUCUCAGCCUCAUCCAGCAGCAACAGCAGCAGCAACGGCAGCGAGAGGAGGCUGAGGAGGAGAGGCCAGAGGUGCCCGGGGCAUCCUCCACUGUCACCGUUCCAGUGUCUGUGUUUAUGCUGAAAGUCCAGGUGAAUGACAUCAUCAGUCGCCAGUACCUGAGUCAAGCAGUUGUAGAAGUGUUUGUAAACUACACGAAGACAAAUUCCACAGUAACUAAAAACAAUGGAGCAGUGUUGAUAAGAGUACCCUAUAAAUUAGGACUCAGCUUAACCAUUAUUGCUUACAAAGAUGGCUAUGUGUUGACACCUCUGCCUUGGAAGACCGGAAGAAUGCCAAUAUAUUCAUCAGUUACACUUUCACUGUUUCCGCAAAGCCAAGCAAAUAUAUGGCUAUUUGAAGACACUGUUUUAAUUACUGGAAAACUAGCUGAUGCCAAAUCUCAACCAAGCGUUCAGUUUUCAAAAGCCUUAAUUAAACUACCCGACAACCAUCAUAUUAGCAACGUUACAGGCUAUCUUACAGUUCUGCAACAAUUUUUGAAAGUGGACAAUUUUCUGUAUACAUCUGGAAUUACUCUUAAUAAAUCAGGUUUUGAAAGCAUUGAAUUGACUCCUCUUGCUGCAAUAUGUGUGAAAAUAUAUUCUGGAGGAAAAGAAUUAAAGGUGGAUGGCUCUAUUCAAGUUUCUCUCCCCCUUCUGCAUACAAAUGAUGUAAGUGCAGGGGAUCACAUACCUGCCUGGACAUUUGAUAUGAACACAGGUACUUGGAUAAAUCAUGGCCAGGGAUUGGUCAAGGAAUAAAAUCAUUUAAUUUGGACAUAUGAAGCACCACAUUUGGGCUACUGGAUAGCAGCUUCACUUCCAGGAACUAGAGGUUUAGGUAUAAAUGGAGACUCAAAGGACAUAACUGCCUACCACACAGUGUUUCUUACGGCCAUAUUAGGAGGAACAAUAGUCAUUGUCAUUGGAUUUUUUGCUGUACUUCUUUGUUAUUGCAGGGAUAAGUGUGGUACUCCUCAGAAAAGAGAAAGAAAUAUCACUAAACUUGAGGUCCUCAAGAGAGACCAGACAACUUCAACAACACACAUAAAUCAUAUCAGUACAGUCAAAGUUGCAUUAAAAGCCGAGGACAAGUCACAGUUAUUCAAUGCCAAAAACUCUUCAUACAGCCCACAAAAGGAACCAUCAAAGGCAGAAGCAGAAGAAAGAGUUUCCAUGGUAAAAACUCGGGACAGUUUUAAAAUCUACAAUGAAGAUGUUUCAUUUCUGUCCGCCAAUCAAAAUAAUUAUGCAAGAAACCCAACACAGUCUUUGGAGUCCAAUGUAGCGUCCAAACAACCUAAACAUAUGAACAACAAUCUAUCUUCAUCUCUAGGUAAUGCUCAAGAGGAAAAGAGAUAUCUCACAGGUAAUGAAGAGAUAUAUGGGCGUUCCCACAUUCCUGAGCAGCUUAUGCAUAUCUACAGCCAGCCUAUUGCCAUUCUUCAAACCUCUGACCUUUUCUCCACUCCAGAGCAGUUACAUGCUGCUAAGUCAGCUACUUUGCCAAGAAAGGGACAGUUAGUCUAUGGCCAAUUGAUGGAACCAGUAAAUAGAGAGAACUUUACACAGACAUUGCCCAAAAUGCCAAUGCAUUCUCACGCACAGCCCCCAGAUGCUGAAGAAGAGAAUAUCCCACUUGAAGGUCAACAGAGCUUGCCAUCCCAGACUUCAGAUUGGAGCCGGUAUUCAAACAGCUUACUAGAGUCUGUUUCUGUUCCUGGAACACUAAAUGAAGUUGUUGUAAUGACUCCCUUUUCAUCAGAGCUUCAAGGAAUUUCAGAACAGACCCUCCUGGAGCUGUCCAAGGGAAAGCCCUCCCCUCAUCCCAGAGCCUGGUUUGUGUCUCUUGAUGGAAAGCCCGUCGCACAAGUCAGGCAUUCGUUUAUAGACCUGAAAAAAGGCAAGAGAACCCAGAGUAAUGACACGAGUCUGGACUCUGGUGUGGACAUGAAUGAGCAUCACUCAAGCAGAAAACUCGAGAGGGAGAAAACUUUCAUCAAAAGCAUGCAUCAGCCUAAGAUUCUUUACUUAGAAGAUUUAGACCUAAGCAGUAGUGAGAGUGGAACCACUGUUUGCUCCCCCGAGGACCCAGCUUUAAGGCACAUUCUAGAUGGAGGGAGUGGAGCCAUCCUGGAGCACCCUCGGGAGGAAUCCCCAGGAAGAAAAAGCACUGGUGAAGAUUUUGCCAAUACAUCCCCCACUAAAAAAAGGGGCAGACCACCACUAGCCAAAAGAGAUAGCAAAACUAAUAUCUGGAAGAAGCGAGAGGAACGCCCACUCCUCCCCAUAAAUUAACACUAAGGAUGGUUGUGUCUCUGCUGUCUCGUGCUGUUUAUUAUUGCUUCUUGUUGUAAAUUGCAGUAUGAACUUCCUAGGAAGGUGAGACUGAGCUAUCUCAUAGUCCCUGGACAUGUCUUAAGCAGAGUAAAUAGUAAAAUGGGAGAUUCAGUAAUGAAAGAGAAAGAUCCUAAGGCAUGCUUCUUCUGACCCAUUCUUUGCAUUUAUUUUUGGAUGAUGAAUUUAAAGUAUCAGGAGUUCGAAUUGUAAAAUAGCUUCAAGACUUUAGUAUCUGAAAAUGUUGCUUAGUCAGCCAAUUUGGCCCCCAUUUCUCUUAAGAAUAACAUUGUGAAACGUGUACUCUUAAAGUUGCUUCCAAAAUGUUGCCUCUGCUUUGAUGAUUACCCCUGUGAAAUAUUUAGAAAUGAAACUAUUCUUCAGGCAUCAUAUUCUUCUGAAAUGUUACUAUUAUGUUCUCUGAUGCCUAUACUUGAAAAUAACUUGAUAAUUGUUCUGGAUUGAUGUAAUUCUAGAGUUUAAAGGCCAAACAACAUUUCUUUUUUUGUGAUAAACAGCAUGUGUAUUGUAUCAACCCCAAAGUAAAUCCCAUACUCAUAUAAGAUGGGCAAGCAGCUACAUGGUUGUUAGAGAGGUUACUCCAGCAAUUUGGUAGUUUUUGGAUACAGCUUUACAGAAUAAAUGGUAAGGUGUUAAUUUUUCAUUAAGAAAUCUGAGAAAUGAAUACUGAUAUUGAAUUUUUAUUUUGAAUCUGUUCCCCCUUUUAACCAAUCUGAAGAAAAUAAACAAACAUAUCUUUAUUUUAAAUCUCACUGAUACCUAUAAGCUAAAAUCAGUUUUAAGAUAUUCUGGUAAAAAAAUUCUUGCACUUAAAUGCUAUUAAAUUGGAUGUGGGUUUUUUUGAAUCAAUGAAUUGAAAGGUUUCUUGUGAACACUAAAAAAUUAACAAAGUAUGUGGAGCUAUAGGGAAUUAACAUUUCAAUUUUUUCUGAAAUGUUGAUGAGCUGAAAAAGAAAUGUCAUUUCCCUGAGAUUCAAAACUACCUUCAGGAUAUUAGGUAUAUCUGCAGAUUUUUUUUUUUUUCUGUUCACAUUCAUAAAAGAUGUUUGAGAAAAACAGUUUCAAUUUCAUGGGAAAAGUAAAAGUUUUUUUUUCUUAAAUCACUUAUAGCUUUUGCAACAUUUCCCCUCAGUUUUGCAAGUAAUAUAUUCAUGUCUUUUUCAUUGUAGUAAAGAAUUCAGUGUGAACACAUUCAACAGCUGUUUUUAAUUAUGUGUCUUCAGCUUGAAUUAUCAGUCAUUCAUAUGUCCUAAAAAUAAAGCUCUUUGUUAAUUAAAAUAAACACAGCCCAAUUUUCUUUAAAUUUCCACGAAGGCAAAUGUCUGAAGCAGCUUCCCCUUUCCCAUGGGGGGAAAAUGAGACUAAAUUGUUCAUCCCCUAUAAUCAAUAUGGGAGCAUGUAAACAAGUUGAAAGAACCAAAAUUAGUCACAUUAGCUUUAGUCAAAUUAUUGAUGGAUGUACAAUGAAAGACAACAGCUUCUUCUGCCAAGAUAGUAGACUUCAGCCAAUUUUUUCCUGUAACCACUUCUGAAGCAUCUAAUCUGUCAGAUAACACUGCUACCUUUCUCUGUUUACCCAAAGAAUUUAAAGACCAAGGCAAAAGUUUCCUAUAUUUUAUCCCAAUCCGUAGAAGAGAUACAUGUGUUGGGUAAUAGAUAGGUUUACUGUUUUGCAGGGAGAGGGUAAUGAUAAGACCCAAAAUUAGAGGAGGCUUCUUAUUGGUCUAAUACAGAAAGAUGCAUUAAAAGCAGCUUGAAUGAAAAUGACUUGGAAAAGGUUAAGGAGUUAGUGCUCUGCUGAAGUGCCUUUGAUAUAGACUUGCUUUAUUAGAAGGAUAUGAUAACAUCUUUCUUAAAUGUACAUUUUCUUUCUGUUACCCAAAUUAAGCAGAUGUGCAGUUUUUAUUAAUUAAAACAUAUAGACCUAGUGUUUCACGUUGGAACAAUGAAUUUUGCAUGCAAGUAAUAUUUAUCUUUCUUUUCUGAAUCCUGUUUAUAUUGAUACCUUGUUUAUGUUGGAAUGAAGUUAGAAACUAUAUAGAAAAUGUUGUACUUCAAUAUUUUAAGUGUAUAUUUCUCCCACCUUUAAGUAAAAAUGUUUCAUCUCUCAGCUUAGUAAUGGAAUACAUUGUUGAUGUAAGGGUGUGCCACUUACUCAUUCUUGUGUAAAGGAAAUGAGAGGAUGUAUCCCCAAGGGCUUUUCUAGAAAUACAUUUUUGGGUUUCAGAAUAAAACUUUAUUUUUUUAUACACUGCACAUUCUGUUCUCAAUUGGGAAGUAUAGGCAAUUUAUCUUUUCUAAUGAUUAAAAAUGUGUAACUUCUCAUUUGUGAGUAGUCACAAAUUUCCUGUUAAACUGAAGCCAUCUACUUUUUCUUAACCCAAGUGAUAAUGAAUCUACAAUAUUCACAGCUUUCUUAAAUUUUUAAAUUGAAAACCAACCCAGUUUUUUGCAAAUGUAAACCUAGAGAAUUUUGGUCACAAAUUGUUAACAUUUGUGGAUCCUUUGUACAUACUUUGGAUAUAUCUUAAAAGCAAAAUUAUCCCUCAAUUAACUGAUGGAUUCAUUUACUAAAGCACAGCUAUAUGUAUUUUUGAAUACAUAUUAAGAUCUUGAGACUUUAUAAAAUCCAUUUUUAUGACAUUUAUGCAGUUGUAUAGGGAUUGCACCCUUUUAUAAUACACAGUAUACCACAAAGAUCACAAAUGUUGAGGAAUAAAAGCACUUCUUUGCUUUGGCAAUCAUUUUCAGAUCACUUCCUGUGUUUGAGUCCUCUAGUAUCAAUGCAUAUUAGAGAGUUUUAGGGAUCUGUGGGUCAAAUAAUGUCCCUCAAAACUUACCAGAAAGGUGAAGCUCAAAGUUACAUAUUCAUUUAUAGGCACUGAGUUAUUCAUUUCUCUAUGUGCUAUCUUUGUAAAGAAUUUGACCAUGUUAAUCUCCUCCUCAGAUCUAGAGUUGACAUUUUGCCCUCUUGUUUCCAAGUGUUUCUAUCUUUUGUAUUUUCAUCAGAGGAAUCUCACAUUUCACUGUAUAUUUAUUGUUAUUACUACUCUAUUUACUGCUGAAAACUGUAACAAGCUGAAGAUUUGUAAAAUGUUAAACAUAGUUCAUUAAAGAUAAUAAAAUAAAUCAAAAUGUACUUGAUGC